CACCUGCACACCCCCAUGGGCUUCUUCCUGCUCAACCUCUCCCUCACAGACCUGGGCUGCAUCUGCACCACUGUCCCCAAAGCCAUGCACAAUUCCCUCUGGGACACCACAACCAUCUCCUACACAGCAUGUGUUGCACAGGCCUUUUUCUUUGUCUUCUUCAUGUCAGCAGAGUUUUCCCUCCUCACCAUCAUGUGCUACGACCGCUACGUUGCCAUCUGCAAACCCCUGCACUACGGGACCCUCCUGGGCAGCAGAGCUUGUGCCCACAUGGCAGCAGCUGCCUGGGCCACUGGCUUUCUCUAUUCUCUGCUGCACACAGCCAAUACAUUUUCCCUGCCCCUGUGCCAGGGCAAUGCCCUGGGCCAGUUCUUCUGUGAAAUCCCACACAUCCUCAAGCUCUCCUGCUCACACUCAGGCUACCUCAGGGAAAUUGGGCUUCUUAUGGUUAGUGUCUGUUUAGUGUUCGGUUGCUUUGUUUUCAUUGUUUUCUCCUAUGUGCAGAUCUUCAGGGCUGUGCUGAGGAUCCCCUCUCAGCAGGGACAGCACAAAGCCUUUUCCAUGUGCCUCCCUCACCUGGCCGUGCUCUCCCUGUUUGUCAGUACCGCCGCAUUUUCCGACCUGAAGCCCCCCUCCAUCUCCUCCCCAUCCCUGGACCUGGCUCUGUCAGUUCUGUACUCAGUGCUGCCUCCAGCACUGAACCCCUUCAUCUACAGCCUCAGGAACCAGGAGCUCAAGGAUGCCAUAUGGAAAAUGAUGACUGGAUGCUUCUCAAGAGCAAUAACCUGCCUUUUUUCUUCUGCAGAAUACUCACUGUGUAACCCUUUUCUAGCCCGGUCUGCUUUCUAAAUCUUUUGAGAGUGGUGGUAGGGAUCGUUUCCUGUAGUUUUUUCCUCUUUUAAUGUCAUUAACACAGAAAUUUAUUCUUCAUCUCAUACCUAAUUCACUCUCUAACUCUUUGUUUUGACCCUCAGUUGUGUAAAUGAGGAAUCAUUCUCUGUGUGCAUUUAA